UAACAGUCGGGCGUGAUGUCUUUCGUGCGGUGGUGGCAUUUUUCGAUUGCCAGUUUAGAAAUUAGCCCAAUUUUUGACCCCUGCUUUUGGGAAAACGUGUGGAUAUAGUGUGGAAUGGUAUCGCUGCAAAUAUGGCAGGAUGCCAGGGCUACCAGGGCUGCAAUCGCGCUGAAUUUAGACGCGUGUGUAUCUGUUAGGCCUAACUGUACGUCGCGGCUGCUUCGAUCGCGGAACUGCGAACCUAUGCGCCCCGACUAGCGUUCUAACCCGCAUUUAGUUGCCCACUUAGGAGUUGACCGAAUGAACGGAGCUACUCAGCCGUAUGCGAAGCGUCGAUUCUGCGACUGUCUGAAAUGAUGGAAGUGCUGAUGGAAGAAGGAGCGACCGUGGUGACCAGCAGCGCGCCCGUCUCGCGUGCCAGCAGCACGACCACGGCAGCACGCUCCAGCCCGGCUCCCAGUGCGGUAGUGGUCACCUCUGCCCAGGGGCGCACCAACGGCACUGUGGUGUUUGCCUCCCCGGCACAGGUCAAGCAGCUCAACGUGGUUCCAUCAGCCACAACGCAGGCACUGGCAGUGCAACAGCCAGGUGGAGGUGUGUCCAUAGUGCACGUGUCUAUCCCUAACCAGCCCAUGCACGUUCAGUCAGUGAUACAGCCCAACCAGCAGUCGGUGAUCCAGGCCGCUGGAGGGGCAGCCGCCCUGCAGACAGUAAGUGGACUUGGUUUGGGCAAGAAUGUCAUUUUGGUAAAUAAGGGCUCAGUGAUCCACAGUGCCGACGGUGAUGCUGGCGUCCACCCUGUCCAGUUGAUUCCAGCGAGCAAGUUGGAUGCCUCAGGGGAGGCAGCUGUGCUCACAGCGGAAGACGAUUCCAAGAAACGGCGAGAAAUACUGGCACGGAGGCCCUCGUACCGCAAGAUCCUAAACGAGCUAUCGUCCACCGAGGCACAGGGUGCGGUAGCGUCACUCGCGGCUGAUUCUAAAGACGAGGACGACGACCCCGACACCAUCACAGUGGCUGGCACUCAGUACCACACUGCAGCUGGACUGCUGAAAGUGGUCCCAGCUUCAGCCAUACAGCUGGCGACUGUGACUCAAGAGGGUGGCCUGCAGGGUCUCCAGACACUUACCAUGACCAACGCUGGCUCCGGUACAGCUGCUGGCACCAUCGUCCAGUAUGCCCAAGGACAAGAUGGACAGUUCUUUGUGCCAGUGACGGUGUCCGCGGCUGACCUGCAAGCGUACCAGAUCCGAACGACGGGCAGUGGUGGCUCGUCACAGGCACUGGCGCAAAGUGUGGUCAUGGCACCUGCGGCCAGUCUGCAGACCCAGCAGUCACUCGCCGAGGAAGCGUCGCGCAAGCGGGAGCUGCGCCUACUCAAGAACAGGGAUGCUGCGAAGGAGUGCCGACGAAAGAAGAAGGAAUACAUUAAGUGCCUGGAAAACAGGGUUGCCGUCCUCGAAAACCAAAACAAGGCGCUCAUCGACGAACUCAAAUCGCUCAAGGAGCUGUAUUGUCAAAAGAACGAAUGAGCCAAUUUCAUCGGGACAUUGCCGCUUCCAAUCUUCAGGCCAUCGUGUGUACAGUCAUGGGACAGAUUGCCAUGAAGUGCAUGCAGACGCGAAGUGUUGCAUGGUGCAGUUGCUCUGUGUACCAGGACCAGUUCAUCACAAGGGUCGUUAAUUGUUUUGCCCUGACAAAUUGGUGCACAGGGCCUGCUGGAGUUACCAUUAUUCUCUUCUCUUUUGCGAGCAUUCAGUUUCCCCUGCAGCUCUGUGGAGUUGCACCCAUCUCAUUAUCACUACGUUGACUGUACAUAGUAUCAUGUAUGUGUUCAUGUUCUCUUCGAGCAAGGGGUGAAAAGUGCAGAUAAAGCAUCGCAGCCUAUCUUUAUUUUCCCAUCUGCUGCUGCGGUUUCAUCAUCAAAUGCUGUAGAAAAGUGUUACCUGUGGGUGUUCUCAUUAUUGUGUGUGCUACAUGGUGACAGCAUCUGCGAUUGUACAUAUGUGAAUUCUUGUCACCUUUCCCAUCCCCCAUUUUUUCAUUACAUAUAUAUAUUAUAGUUAAAUGAUAGCCUGUGCUGGUGUGGUUCACCCACAGGCCUUUUUUUUUGCUUUUGUUUGUGCUAAGUCAGCACAUUCUUAAAUAUUUUGUUACGUUAUGUAAAAAUUGCAUUUUUAAGAAGUCCGCACAUUGUUCGGUUUGUGUGCCCCUAAAAUUAUUGCUGCGGGACACACAUUUGCUUUCUGUUAAAGAGAUCUCAGUUGUUGAGCUGUGCCUUGAGCUAUUUUGUAACCCAGCAAAAAAAUAAAAAGGGUUCAAGACAAGAA